AUGUUUAAAUGGAUUCAAGGUGGUAUAUCAGCAGUUGCAGGAACUGCUGAACCAGAAUAUGGACCAGAUGCAAUUCAUCCAAUUACAACAAGAAUUAAUAACAAAGAUACAUCAAAUUAUCAUAGAAUUACUACUGCAAAAGAUUUUGAAUGGUUAUCACCAAAUUAUACAAAUGUUGAAACUCAAACUUUUUAUUUCACUGAUUUAGCAACAAAAAAUGUUGGAUUUGCACAAAUUAUACAUUCAAAUGUUAUGGGAGUUCAUACAACUGCUCAAUUUACUUUUAGAUUAUAUAAUAUAUCUGAUCCAACUAUAAAUAUAUGGACAUCAACAAAAUUAGAAAAUUUUAAAAUUGAAGGAUCAAAUUUUUAUGCUGAUAAUUUAAAAUUAGAAUUAAUUGACAACAAGAAAUAUAUUUUAAAAUCUUUUGUAAAUAAAGAAAGUAUAGUUGAAUUUGAAAUGGAAAGAAAUACUGAUGGUAUAAUAUUUGGAGAAGAUGGUAUGACAUUAUAUGGAGAUGAUAUAAAUCAACCUUGGGGUUCAAUGAGACAUGUAUUUUGGCCUCGUUGUAAUAUAAAUGGUAAAAUUAUUACAAAAAAAUAUGGAGAAAUUAAAAUUUUAAAUGGUUUAACAAUGUUUGUUAUGGCUUUACAAGGUAUGAAACCUCAUCAUGCUGCUAAAUCAUGGAAUUUUUUAAAUUUUCAAAGUAGUAAUUAUUCAGCUAUACAAAUGGAAUUUACUACACCAAAAUCUUAUAAUACAACAAAAAUAAAUAUUGGAAUUAUAAUUGAAAAUGAUAAAAUUUUAUAUGCAACAAUAAAUAAUGAUGUUAUACAUAUUGAUUCAAAACAUGAUUCAGUUGGUUGGCCAGUUCCAAAAUCAAUUGAAUUCAAAUAUAUUGAUCCAGUCACUAAAAAUGAUUUAGCUAUAGUUUCUGGACCUUUACAAAAUUUAAUUGAAAGAGUUGAUGUUAUGGCUGAAAUUCCACAAUUUGUUAAAAAUAUUGUUAGUGGAGUUGCUGGUGCAAAACCUUAUAUUUAUCAAUACUCAAAUGAAUUUGAGAUUAGCCUUUUAGAAAACCAAAAGAAUUCAAAAGAAAAGGGAAUUGGGUAUACUGAAGUUACUUUUAUUUCAGAAUAA